AUGUCGCUGAAACUACUCAACUCAGCAUCCCAGAGGGCUCGUACCAUACACUGCGUCAGGUUUUCUGGAGACGAUUUACCCAAGUUUAAAUCUAUGGACUCCCCAGAAGGAAAUCCUACAUAUGCACCGCAGUCGCUUCUCAGCCUGGAUUCAGGAGCUCCGAGUCCAGAAAAUGGAUUCCAACCAGCAGCGCAACGAUAUCGCCUCAAUGAGCAAAGAAUCAAGCUCCUCACCGCUAUUAAUCAGAUAGUCCAACAAAGAGCUGAGCUUGAAGCGAACAGAGCAACGUUAUCCAGCAUGCUGGAAGAACUAAAACGGAAGUUGAAACGAAGGGUCGAAGAGUGUCACUUCGAGAAGAAAGAGAAAAUGAAGGCUUUAAAACAAGCAAAUCAACGAUUGGAAAGAGAGAAAUUCAGCAUCGUGACAGAGAUGGAACACCUUAAGCGACACUUAGAGAAGGAAGAGGCGCAUCAUUUGCAACACGCAAGGACUGCUGUAGCACAGGCAAUCCAGGGUGUAACGAGAUCAUCAGAUUUAUUUACGCAGUGUUCAGUCGCAGAACUCCCGAACAUUGUUAGUCGGAGCGUCGCAAGAAACGCUCCAUCGAGGAUUGCCGACAACAAGCUGGCUGCCGCGCGGUUAAUGCGCGACAUUGCAGAGCUGAGGCAACGAGUAGCGCAAGUAGAAGCCAGACUCGCGAAUGAAAUAAAGCGUAAACGGCAGGCUGAAAUCGACAUUGUUAGAUUGAGGAAGGAGCUGUCAACUACCAAGAGCUGCGUCGCAUCACUCAGACUGCCCGCACAAAGGAAGCAGUGUUCGAAAUUUGUUUAA